AUGGCUUUUGCUGUCUUCUCAACUCUCGGAGGAAUCACAGCAGCUCCUGUCGCUUUCCUCAGUCUCCUCCCCCUCCUCAUGGUUGGCAUGAACUACUAUCGCUACUACAACUAUGAUCCCGAAGCCAAAGUCAUUGAUACUUCCUACCUUCGUCGACACUAUGACUUUAUUGUGGUUGGAGGAGGAUCAGCCGGAGCCGUGAUGGCAUCUCGACUCUCUGAGAUAAGCAACUGGACCGUGCUCCUGAUCGAGGCCGGUGGAGAUGAGAAUGAAGUCACUGACACUCCCACCAUGGCGGGAUAUUUGCAAUUAACCGAGUUUGACUGGCAAUAUCAGACUCAACCACCGCCCGAUGGCGCCUAUUGCCAAGCCAUGAUAGGCAAUCGCUGCAAUUGGCCUCGUGGAAAAGUCAUGGGCGGCUCCAGUGUCCUCAAUGCGAUGGUUUACGUGCGCGGAAAUCGUCGCGACUACGACUAUUGGCAGGCUCAGGGGAAUCCUGGCUGGAGUUUCGACGAUGUCCUGCCCUAUUUCACCAAAUCCGAGGACAAUCGCAAUCCCUAUCUCACAAAAACGCCUUAUCACAAGCAAGGCGGCUACUUAACAGUCCAAGAGGCUCCCUGGCGAACUCCCUUGUCCGUAGCAUUCAUCAAGGCCGGCAUGGAGAUGGGAUAUGACUAUCGAGACUGCAAUGGCGAGGAGCAAACGGGAUUCAUGCUCCUCCAAGCCACCAUGAGACGUGCCAGUAGAUGUAGUACUUCCAAAGCCUUCAUCCGCCCCGUUCGCCUGAGGCGCAAUCUUCACGUGGUUCUUCACUCUCAAGCCACAAGAGUUCUAUUGGACGACAAGAAACGCGCUUUCGGCGUGGAAUUUCGCCGUGCUGGCAAAAUGUAUCAAGUUCUGGCCAGGAGAGAAGUCAUCCUCUCCGCCGGAGCUCUCAACACACCCCAAUUGCUGAUGCUCAGCGGAAUAGGUCCUGCUGAACACUUGGCCGAGCACGAUAUUCCCGUGGUUCAGGAUCUCCCAGUGGGACACAAUCUGCAGGAUCACGUGGGACUCGGUGGACUGACUUUUGUCAUCAACGAACCUGUUUCCGUCACUGUCAAUCGCUUCCAAACUGCCCCAGUCUUGCUCGAGUACAUCCUCAACGAACGCGGCCCAAUGUCCUUCCCAGGCGUCGAGGCUGUGGCCUUCGUCAACACCAAAUACGCCGAUCCGUCGGGCCUCUGGCCAGACAUUCAGUAUCACUUCAGUCCCAGCUCAGUUGCCUCCGAUCGCGGUGAGAACAUCCGGAAGAUUCUCAAUCUGAGAGAUGGCGUCUUCAACACUGUCUACAAGCCAUUAAUUCAUGCAGAAACGUGGUCUCUUCUGCCCCUACUUUUGCGCCCCAGAAGCACAGGAUGGGUCAAACUUCGCAGUGCCGAUCCCUUCGAUCCACCCGUCCUUAUUCCCAACUACUUCGCCCAUCGCGAGGACGUGGAUGUCCUCAUUGAAGGCAUCAAGAUUGCCGUCAACAUCUCCGACACACCAGCCUUCCAGCGCUUCGGCUCGCGCCUCCACAACAUCCCAAUGCCAGCCUGUCGCCACCUGGAGUUCCAGUCUGACGCCUAUUGGGAGUGUUGUGUGCGCCAAUUCACCUUCACUAUCUACCAUCCGACCUCCACGUGCAAAAUGGGCCCCAGCUGGGAUCCACAGGCCGUCGUGGACGCCCGCUUGCGCGUGUACGGCAUCCAAGGAUUGCGCGUCGUCGAUGCCAGCAUCAUGCCGACGAUCAUCAGUGGGAAUCCCAACGCGCCCACCAUCAUGAUCGCCGAGAAGGCGGCCGACAUGGUCAAGGAGGAUUGGGGAAGACUUCGGGGAGACGCCUAAGAAAACAUUCCCCUGUCAUGAACCAUAUCAAUUUUGUGAUAUCUCGUUUAAUGAAGAAGAAGA